AUGCGCGCGGCCCAACGGCUCCCGCGCGUGCGCCCCGGGGGCUCCGCUCGGACUCCAACUCCCGGCAGCCUCCGCGCCCCGCCCGGACUACAACUCCCGGCAGCCCCCGCGCCCCGCCCUGACUACAGCUCCCGGCAGCCCCCGCGCCCCGCCCGGACUACAUCUCCCGGCCCCGCGAGGCCGUGGCUGCCCAUGGAGGUGGAGGGAGCAAGGCCCGAGGCCUGCGGCUGCAAAGGGAUUCGGAGCUGCUUGCUGUGCGAGCAGCGGGGCGGGGGAAGCGCCCCUAGACCCCUCCCCACAAAGACGGUAGCCCGUUUCGUCUACUGCCCGAGGACCGGACUGGCGCGGGGCGCGGAGGCCACCGAGGCGCAGGGCCGGGCCUUCCCCUUCCCGGGGGUGAUCCUGCUGGAGGACUUCGUCAGCGCCGAGGAGGAGGCCCAUAUGGUGCGGCUCAUGGACCAGGACCCCUGGAAGCCGUCCCAGUCCGGGCGGAGGAAGCAGGACUACGGCCCCAAGGUCAACUUCCGCAAGCGGAAGCUGAAGGUGGGCGCCUUCGGCGGGCUGCCGGCCUUCAGCCGCGCGGUGGUGCGGCGGAUGGGCGAGGCGUGCCCGGUCCUGGCGGGCUUCGCCCCCGUGGAGCAGUGCAACCUGGACUACGACCCCGCCCGCGGGGCCGCCAUCGCCCCCCACCUGGACGACGCCUGGCUGUGGGGCGAGCGGCUGGUCAGCCUCAGCCUGCUGGCCCCCACCGUGCUCACCCUGACGUGGGCCGGGGGCCCGGGCGGCCCCGAGGGCCCGGGCGGCCCCGAGGGCCCGCCGCCCGGCGCCCGCCCCGUGGAGGUGGCCGUGGGGCUGCCCCGCCGCUCGCUGCUGGUCCUGCACGGCCCGGCCCGCCACCGCUGGCAUCACGGCAUCCAGCGCCGCCACGUCCAAGCCCGCCGCGUCUGCGCCACUUUCCGCGAGCUGUCGGCCGAGUUCGGGCCCGGCGGGGCGCAGGCCUCCCUGGGGCAGGCCCUGCUGGACACCGCCCUGACCUUCCGCGGGAAGCCCGUCUGACGGAAGGGCGGAUGGGCCGACGGGUGAGCCGGAGCGGGGGCUUGGGUGCGGGCCCGCCCGCUCCCGGGACCAGGGCAUCGACGGGGCAGGAACCCGCUCUCUGCGGCCGGGGACAUCUGUGUCCAGGGCGAUGCCGGGGAGAGGGACGGGGCCCCGGGCAUCCCCGUGAAAUAAAACCGUGACCCGUGACGAGCCCGAACCGCAACGUCAAGGCUCCCGGGAGCCCGGCCCUGCCCACGCCGGGGCCUCCUGCGGCACAGCCGGGAAAAGGAGGCCGCACUCUCCCAAGCGCUUAGUACGGUGUUCCGCACACAGUAAGCGUUCAAUAAAAACAAUUAAAUGAA